GGGGCGGGCGACGGCGGGGUCCGGCGGCGGCGGUGGCAGCGGAGGGCGGGCGCCCACGGAGCGAUACUGGCCCGGCCUGGCCGGCAGAGUCAGUAAUGAUGAAUGGCUCUGACCUCGCCAGUACAACGGCGUCCAGUCCCAAAUCCAAAGAGGACCAAGUAGUAAACGGCCACGAUGAAAAGGAAAACAACCCCUUUGCAGAGUACAUGUGGAUGGAGAAUGAAGAAGACUUCGACAGACAGGUGGAAGAGGAGCUGCAGGAGCAGGAGUUUCUUGACCGCUGCUUCCAGGAGAUGCUGGAGGAAGAAGACCAGGACUGGUUCAUUCCAUCGCGCGACCUGCCCCAGGGCAUGGGGCAGCUGCAGCAGCAGCUGAACGGGCUCUCUGUUGGUGAUGACCACAAUUCAGAGGACAUUCUGAGCAAAAGCAACUUGAAUCCAGAUGCCAAGGAGUUUGUGCCCGGCGUGAAGUACUGACCAUCAAGGCAGGCUUUGGAAAGACUGUGUCCCGGCUCCGGGGGAAGGUGGCGGGGGGGAAGGAGGGAGGGGAUCAGCCCCCAGCUGGACUCUGCGCCGUAGCGGAGUUGCUGCAAUGUGGCGAAAUCUUGCUCUACGCUUCAAGUACCUUUUUUUUCAUUUUUUUUUCCUCUCUCUUUUUUUUUUUUUUUCCCAAACUCUUUCUUUGUAUCGUCUAUCACCUUAUUUUGGCAGUUUUUGCUUUGUAGGACUUGCGGCCCUUAGGUCUGUCCUCGAGGCCAGCACUCCCCCUGCUUCAGAGGCCCAUUUUGAUGCGUGCUUCAGACCUGCUAGUGGAAAAGUCAUGUUUUCUUGUUUAAGUAGAAUUUGUAGGGAUCCCCCUGCUCACCUGCUCCCACCCUGGAUGCAGUGAGCCUGGGCCAGGAGCCAUGCUGGCUUUCCCUGUUUCCGUUAACCAGGAUUUCUUUCACUAAAGGAAAGGUGAAGUGUAACAAGACUGUAAACCCUAAAUUCCUCUAAGCAGCAGCCUGCCCAGCUCUCCAAUAGGUGCUGAACACUAAUUUACGUGCUUCUUUGCUGGUAGAUAAGAGUCCUGACUGCUUAAUCAGUUGUGGGAGCUCUUAGGGAAGACCAGACCCCCUCAGGCAUCCAUCCCAAGGGAAGGGCUGCUCCUACAAAACACCUUAAAGAAUUUUCCCCCCAACUCUUGAGCUUAUCCAGCACUACGGGCUGUGGCUCAGAAGCAUCUGUACCUUCAGUUCUCAUUGAAAUAAAUCCAAGAAAACUGAAUAGAGCCCAUUCUCAGCAGAGUGGAGCGGUGGGGAGUUGGUGUCAAGCAACCUUCCUAGGAAAGGAGGGGGAUCCUUUGUCAGGAUGAAUCUGAGUCCCAAGGAGCACCCACAAACUUGGAUAGAGAAGGUGAUGGGCAGCAUCUUUGUGCUGGUCCCUGCAGCCCCCUUUGCCAAGGCUCUGGUGGCAGAUGGCAUUCAAGGCAAAGCUGUUGGAACGGCUGUUGGUGAGCAGGAUCCAUGCGUCUGUCGGGUAAACUUGCUUUUGGGGGCCUCUUUCCCCAUCGGUAGGAGCUGGUCAGGCUUCAGCUACCCAAACCAUCAACCUGGGUGCUUCGGGUAUUUUAAAUCCUGUGCUUAGUGGGAUCCUUUGGAGAGGCAGGGUCAGAAAUCUGUAUCCAAAGGAAGCAGAAGCUUCUCGGUGAGGGGCGUAGCCUAACAGUUUAAAUAGUUAUUGGCUCUAGUAACGUGGAUGGGAGCUUUUUGCUCAUCCGUGUAAAUCUCACCUCCCGGGUACAGUUACUUCCAGUAUUCCCUUUACUUAAACAGAGUAGUUAAUGGAGGGGGAUUACAGAUCCCUGCGGGCUUUGCAGAGAUGGAAGCUAAUGGCCACUCAAUAGCUGACAGCUCGGUCUGUCUCCAUUAGCUCGGCACAACAAAGCUGAGCGAGGCAGCUCCUGCCGCCGGCGCCCAUCGGCAAGCUCAGCAGGAGGGCCCGGGGUUAUUGGACCACAAACACUAACGGGGAGCAGAGGUUUGAGCUGAUUUAGCUCAGCUGCUCUCUGUACAGACCGUUCCGUAACUCAACAGAUCUCCCCUCGCUGGCUGCGGGUCUUAAAACCAGCACUAAACCCUGACACUGCUGCAGCUGGAGCUGGCAGCCAGUUGAAGGUGCCCAUCUUAAAUAUUGCUGCCCAGAGGUAGGGGUUGGUUUGGGGUGAAUUCUCCUGUUUCCCGGUACAACCCGUGCCUUCAGCGCCUGUGUGGGCACGGGGAAGGGCAGCUGUAUGCUGGGCAAACUUCUUUUGUAGCGGUAGUGCAGUUUCCCCACCACCACCACCACCCUUUCUCUGGUUUCCAUUUGAUUCCUUACCCAAAAAAACCACCCUCACCCUCUGAUGUGCUGUAAAUUUCAAACAAUGCGUUAUUAAAAAUAAACUUUUUUUGGAACUGCGCGGUGCAGAA